CAAAGUUAGUUUCUCUUAUAGGAAAUCAUACCCUCGUAUAAUUUAUUUAUAGAUCUAGUUUAACUGUGGACCUAAUCAAAUUAUUGCAAAAUAUUUCUUAUACAUCAUAUAUUGUCAUAAUAUUUUUUGUUAAACUAUUAUCAUUUUAUUAAUAAAUCGGGUCCUUUAUACAUAAUUCACUCCACUCCACCCCACUCUAGAUUUUUUGCAAUUAUCAUCAUAGAAUCAGUUCAUAUAAUUAAUUUAAUUUAAAUUAACUUAUAUAUAUAUAUAUAUUUAUAUAUCGAUUUGACUGAUUCGUUUGGUUAUGUCAAAUACUACUACCAAUAAUGAGAUAAUAUUAUUGGACUCAGAUUCAAAUCAAGAGAAUAAUGAAGAAGAAGAAGAAGAAGAAUAUAGUGAACCACCUGUUAAAAAACAUAAACCAUUAGCAAUAACUCCAUUUAAUGGAGGUUCUUCUGGUUCAUCGUCUCCGUCAUCUUCAUCUGGAGAAGUGUCCGAUGCUCGUAUACCGCCUACAGUGAGUACGCGAGUCCAUGCUCAUGGAAGUAGUUUGCAUUACCUGAUUCAACAAAGCGAUCAAGAUGAAGAAGAUGAAGGCGACGUAGAAGACGAAGCACAACCAGAAAUAUCAUAUACCCAUACACAUUAUCAAAAACAAAUCUCCAACGAAGAUGUCAGUGAGCAGAAUAAUGAUGACGACGAUGAUGAUGUGGUCGAAGUGCUAUCACUACCUUCAUCAUUAGCACCUCCAGCAAGUACUUUAGUAGUAUCAAGUGAAGAGGAGCAUAAUGAAGAAGAUGAUAGUGAUUUAGAUUCAGUCUCAUUUGAUGAAGUAGGAAGUGUUUCCCCAGAUUUAGUCGCUGAAACUAGAAAGUACCUUAAACAACAUGGAACGCUCAAGUUUCUCGAAAAAUACUUACCAACUGCAGCAUCAAGUGAAGAUAUAUUAAGACUUAUAUUAAAACUAGGAUUUUUCCCUCGAGAUAUACCAUCAUCAGCAUUAAAUAAUGAUAAUGAUGAAGAGAAUAAUGAGAAUUUAAUGGCAUUAAUACGAAUUUUGAAUCGAGCUAUGAUGAAAGUUAAAUCGAUCCGAAAUCGCCUUGAUAACGUUAAAGAUAUUAAUGAUGUAUUAAGACUCCUCAAGACGUCAAAAAAAAUUCUUGUUAUCACUGGAGCUGGUAUUUCUACUAGUUUAGGUAUACCUGAUUUUAGAUCAUCUCAAGGGUUUUAUAAUCAAUUACAACAUUUAGGUUUGAGUGAUCCUCAAGAAGUAUUUGAUCUUGAAUUGUUUCAUACUGAUCCUUCUUUAUUCUAUUCAAUUGCUUAUAUGAUACUUCCUCCUGAGAAGAUUUAUAGUCCCUUACAUGGAUUUAUCAAAGUAUUACAAUCAAAGGGGAAAUUAUUAAGAAACUAUACUCAAAACAUUGAUAAUCUUGAGAGUUAUGCAGGUAUAUCUUCAUCUAAACUAAUUCAAUGUCAUGGAUCCUUUGCUACAGCCACUUGUGUUACUUGUAACUAUCAAGUUAAAGGAGAGACUAUAUUUGAGCAAAUCCGAAACAAAGAUAUUGCAUAUUGCCCUAAAUGUACAAAGACCAGAAAUCAACUUUUGAGAGAUGAUGAAGAUGUAUAUAUUUCUGAAAGUUUUGGAGUUUUUAAACCAGAUAUAACUUUCUUUGGAGAACCAUUACCUCGAGCCUUUCAUGAUUCGAUUAAUCAAGAUUUAGCAGAUUGUGAUUUACUUAUCAGCAUAGGUACAUCAUUGAAAGUUGCUCCUGUGGCAGAUAUAGUUGAUAAAGUACCACCACAAGUUCCACAAAUCUUAAUUAAUAAAGAUCCUAUAAAUCAUUGUAAUUUUGAUGUUAGUUUAUUAGGAUAUUGUGAUGAUGUGGCAAGUUAUUUAUCAAAUGAAUUAGGACCAACUUGGGAUAUAGACCAUGAGAAAUAUAAUAAAAUUAGGGGAGUUGAUCCAUUAGGAUCCAAUUUGGAAGUUAAUUUGAUAGACGAAGAGUAUAGAGAAUACGAACUUAUUAAUAAAGAGACGAAAGCUAGAGAAGAGUUGGAACAAAAGGAACGGGAAGAAAUUGUGGAAGUAGGGGUAUUGGAUAUAGGUCCUCAGAAUGAUGAUGAUGAAGAAGAAGAAGAAGAAGAAGAAGAUGAUGACGAUGAAGAGCAACAACAACAACAAGAAAGCAGUAAGCGCGAACUGAUAUUACUAGAAGGCGAAGAAGAGUUGGAACUGGAACUGGAACUGGACAUACUUCCCAAUGAACGGGUAAAUGUGAUUGUAUCCGAAUUCUCCGAAGUCAUCGAGUUAGACGAAAGCGAUAAUUCAAAGUCCAUAGUGGAUGAUGAUUAAAAUUUAUCUAAAUUAUAAUAAACCUCUCUAACUACAGCAUUAAUGUAUAAUACGAUUAUUAGUAUGCAAAUUAGUAUGCAAUUCCUGCACACAGCCCCC